GGCUCCGGCAGCAUGUUUUCCCUGUGUCGCCGGUACAAAGAUGAGCACGAACAUGGCGGCACACAAAUUAAGGGAGGCUACAUGCUGCGGUACAAGAGGAAAUACCUGUGGAACUCGUGGUCGGAGGAGUGGGUGGUGCUGUACGACGACUCAACCAUGGCAUGGUUCAAGGACGCAUCAGGCAAAUGCAUGGCCACACAGAAACACCUCGUGAAGGAGUGUCCCGAGAUGCUGGCCAUCUCCACCUGGACGGGACAGGUUCCCCGGCGGCCGGCGUUACCUCCAGGGGCGAAGCUGUCCCAGUUGAUGGCGCUAGGGUCGCGGCAGAGCCCUGGGCAUGUGGUGUGGAUGCUCGCUAAAAAUGAUGAGGAAAUGAAGGAUUGGAUGAACGCCAUAUCAAAAACGCUGCCGCCGCCGCCGCACAUCGAGCUGGUGAUGUCCAUGCCGUAUCUUCGCACCGCCUUCAAGAAACCCACCGUUAGAGUAAGGCCAGCCACAUCGUCGGAGAUGUACAACCGGCAGCGGAACGCGUCCGGCGCGCUGGACAGCAGAGGGCUGGUGGCAGUCAUCAAGCGUCAGGUCCCACUGGCUGGCCAGCUGGGGCACGAGCUCGCCUGGGGGCAAGGGUGGGGGUGGGUCACGCUGCCGAACGGCGUGUGGAGCGGACGCCUCACCUGGUCCCAAGACGGCGACGACUUCGCCCUCCACGCGAUGCCCAUCAUGCACCACACCAACGUCUCCCAAGCCUGUUCCAUGCUGGAUGGAGUCACGGCGUACGAAGCGUCCGCGUACGACCAAGCCCUUUCCGAGUAUGACGACUCGGGCACCAGCGACGACUGGGACAUGGGCGUCGAUUGCGGGGACUUCAUGAUGUAAACUGAUGUCGUGGCCACCUUAGUGCGAGUUAUUGAUGAUGGAAGAACUCGUGCCUCCGACUUUAACAGCUGAACACGUGGUGCAGCGCUAUAGGUUUUUGAUCGAUUGUUUAACGCCUAUUCUUGACAACCAUAAUGGGGCUGGCAAGUGUUAAAGGUUUGCAGAGAUGGCAGCACUGGUUUUCCCUGACUCUUGUUUUGUUAUCUUGGUUUGGCUUAAAGGGUUCAGAACAAGAUUUAAAAAAAUCGAUAUUUUGACACAAUUCUAAGGAUUGACAUGAAAACUAUGCUGGCGGUAUCUGUGAAAUACUUCGACCAGCCAACCCGAUUAUCACAGCCCCAUAACGCAUCUACAUCAGCUGUCUUUGAAGCAUGAAUUAUUCUUAGACUUCAAGUCUGUUAUAAAAUCAAUAACAUUUUGGUGCGAGCGCAGAUCCGAUCAGAUUAGAUCUUAUCAUCAACUGACUUGCACAUCUAUAAAUGAAAGAAAGACAUUUUUACAGGUUUAAUACUGAUGUGGUCAAGACAUAACUUACAAACCUAUUUAGUUGAUUGUGAUGAGAUCAAAGUCCUUGUUCCAUGAAUGUGUUACUUUCUAGGUAUAGAAAUGACUGCCAAAUAUUACCAAUUAAGUAUAUUCCUGACCUUGUAAUGGCGAGCUCUACUAAUAGAUAUACUAGGGGACGGUAUAGUCUAGGUACUUGCCUUUUAUAACCAAUUCUACCUAACGUCAAUCAAGAAGGUAGUAUUAUAUCAAUCUUCACUACAGAUGUACCGUCGUCGAUAAGUUUUCGAAAUUCCGAGAUCGCCACAUGGAAAAAUUUUGGACACUACUCAUAUUUUUGUAUGGGAAUGCAAAUUUCCCAAUGUAAAUUUCAAUGAAUUUUCCAAUUAAAGUUUCCUUUAUUUCCUGUGAUUUAAUGAAAUUUUCGAGAACUUUUCCAACUAUUUGGAACUUUCGACAACAUAUACAUCUGUAGUCUAGUGCUAUAAAAAGCUUAUUUACAAUUGGAGCAAGGACAUAGUCUGAAAUAGACUAUAAAGAUAUACCUACACAGUGAAUUAUUGGCAAAUUUAUUUGGCAUUUACCCCGCAAAUGACCUUUAGUACGUACAAUAAAUGUGCUAGGAAAUAGAGAUUCUGUCUAGUUAUAAUUCCUGAUGGAAAAUUCCAUUAAUUCAGCGUUAGAUUAAAAUGUGACGAAUAAUUGUAAAACGUAUAAAUGGAUGUUUAGAUGGUAAAUAAUGUAUGAGAGAAAAUUUCCAAUAAUAGGUAUUAUAAAGUAUGGGAGACGGUUUUUUACCCUUAGAAUAAAUGAUUUGAAACGUUACAUGUAUCAUGGGAGAACACGAUAUUUUUGCAUGUGGAUUUCGAUGGUGUUUAUUGUAUUUCUUGCACGUUUUUGUACGAUUAUACACGAACGCUUUGUUGCUCAAAAUCGGGUGAGAGUUGAUGUGCUGGUCACACGAGAAUAUGUGCCAACGAGGGUUGUUGACAGUCAAAAAAAUAUAAACUUAUAAAUUUUCUUUUAGGCCUUAGUAGCGCCCAUGGUAUAAUAAUAUACUCCGCCUGGUAUAACUUUCUUAUACUCUCUUCGCUAUAUGAUAAUGUGUGAUAGCGCUAUAUAUAGCGGCCAUGUUAUUGUGACGUAGGCUUGUGUCACUCUGGGAACAGAAGACCAUAUUUUAUUAGACUAUGGUAGCGCCAUAGUUCGAGUACAAACCUGAACACCUUUAAAAAACUAACCAUGUAAGGAAAAUAGAAGAUAUGUACUCUGAGGUACCUGUCUUUACAUUACCGUCUAACAAUUUUUGACUGUCAACAAUCUAAAAUAAUCAUACUGUAUGUUCUUAUGAAACGUUUCAAGGCGAAACAUUGAGAGUCACUCGUACCUUCUCAUACUGAUAUAUCGAUGUAUAAGUGUGCUGUCCUAAUCGACGUAAGACUAUGGUUCAAUGUACACUAAGGUACAUUAUUUGAGAAGCGAAGUAUUCCGCUUGAACAUCUUCAUAUUCCAUAUUUAAUUACUAUAAAUAAGUUAUACCUACCCCUCACAAGCUUUUUAGUGGACUAAGUCCAUGUUUUAUAUGCCAAAUUUUCAUUUGACCGUUUUUUUUUUUACAACUCCGGGUUUCAAAAGGGUCACAAAUCUAACCUAAUGGCUUGUACAGGAUGCAUUUUACAAAAACUUCGAAAAAGACAUUUUUUUUCAUUAGAUAAAUAAACGCGUUUCGGUCAAAUGAAAAUCAACAAAAUCUGACAAAAAUCUUUCGAGGUUGCGAUAGGAUAAAAAUAUGUAUUGUAUUUUUUGAAAACAGUAGAUAUGAGACCCUCGGUUACGUGAACAAGAGAUUUUAUAGCAUGCUUCGCAUGUUUGGCGAUGCUUCGCUUCUCACACAAUGUGGUUGGGGACUGUUAUCGGACAUCUGAUAGUAUUACAUAAAAUAAAAAUAGCUGCAUGCCCCAUAGUUGUAACGUGUGUUCGACAUCUAUAGAAGUGUCUAGCUUUAAGGUUAGUUAAGUUCGGCCUACACUGAACCAGCUGGACGAUUGAGUGCCCUUUAGCUUCUGCGUUUUAAGAGAAACGUAGAUAUUGUGUAAAAAAAUCUGGCUUUGAAAAGUACUAGGAAAAUUUCAUCGUCAGAUGAUUUUGCACGAAGAAGUAGGCAUUAAGCCAAGGAUUUAAUAAAAAAAAUAUAUUUAAAGAAGUUUGUGUAAUAUUGUACAAGUAAAUUUGUUUAAUGUUAUAAAUGCAAAGUAGGAAGAUUAAUAAAUAAACAGGGUUUUGCCGAAAAUCACAAUUUUAUUGAUGAUUUUCCGGUGGUUUAUAAAAAAAUAAACCAAGCAUUACAACUAAAAAAGUUAUAAAAAACUGUUGUAUCUAAAUGUCGAAAAGGUCGAUCAUUCAUACAGAAAUAAAGUUAAAACUAACAACAUACGAACAGGUUAACACUGUGUUAUUCAUGUGCUUUCAAAAUGACAAUUUUAUGGCUUUGAUGCCAACAUUUGUAAGAUAUUCUUUUGAUAUGUUUUGAGAAAAUUUUCGAAUAUUUACGUAACAUAAUCCAGGGUACCUACCUUAUUUCAUUAAAUGAAUCAUUUCAAUGUUAUAUAAAUGACGAUCACACUUGCACUUAUUAGUUCAAAGUGAUCAUAAUACUUAUAACAAAAGAAUGAAUAUAAAAUAUAACUUUGCACAAAUCGAUAUAUGGGGAUUAACCAAUUUAAAAUUAAUAAAUAAUAUGUUAUGGCGCACCUGUCCCCAAAACACCAAUUACGAAAAUGUAAUAGGUACUCAAAUAAAUUAAUGUAAUGUAAGUUAGUGUUGAUGUUAGUCAUGUAGAGAUGUGGUCGGUAGAGAAAAGUAAAAUGAAUGUAACAUCCCUGAUCUGAGCCUUUGAAAAGUUGCUUAAUCUGCAAAAAAAUAUCUUGAUUCCUGAGAUUCUGUUAUUUUUUUAACCUCCUGGGUACUUUCAGUAUCAUGAUUGAUUUCGUUUUAAUUUUUAUUUUUUAUUAUUUAUUUUUAUUAAGGUUCACAAACAUUUUUUGAUUAACAAAUAAGUAACUGUAGUCAGUGUACCAUACACGACCGACAGAGUCAAGAAGCUUUCCAUACAAGUUUUAGCGAACGUAUGUGAGGUGUGCAAAAAAGAGUAUUGUAUUGUAUUGUAUUGUAUUGUAUUGUAUUGUAUUGUAUUAAAUCGUAUUCAUUCACGAAUUUUACAAUUACUUAAUGGUUAGAUUAGAUGCAACUGAACCUGAACCAAUGUCUAUUUUUUGUCAGUUUUCUCUAAUGAAUCGAAGACAAAACACUGAUAAUUAUUUAAUUGAAAAUAUUUCUUUAGAGCCUUUCCUUAACUUUGUUUACAUGCUCUUUCCAACUAUACAUCAGUACGGAUAUGAUGUUCGUUCUUGUCUACGUGAUAGCGUUAUAAAACGGUGUCCGUCACUUUCUAUCCCAUGGUGUCAAAAAGUGACAGUUAUUUUAUCACGUGGAUAAAAAUGGAUAAAACCAACCAUAAUAGGCCGGCA